UUGCAGGAGGACACAGCCUGGUCUUUAGCUGUUUGCCAAAUGCAGCAGCCUAAUUCAGGGAGCUCUUUACUGGGUUUAUUACAAAGUUCUUAUCAUGUAAGUCUCAGGUCACAAAAUGACAUUGAGAAUCUAAUUUAUCGGAGUUCCAGGAAAGAGAAAGAAAAGUUAUUUAGGUUUCUCUUUCAUUUCUUUUUUGCUACAGAGGGUUCAGUUAAGAACACAUUACUAGUUGAGGCGUGUAAUGUUACGCAGUCCUCUCUGCUUCUGUAUCUGGCGAGGUAUGCAAUGACAUGAGAGGCUUUCCGUGGCCAGGGACACCACUGCCCAAGCUGGACACUACAGGGAUGCAGGGACUGGAGCCAGCAUGGGAAUUCCUGGUUUGAGAUCAGAGUCCUGAGCACCUCAUGGGAAUUUGGGCACUCAUCUGCAGGAGGUCUAGGCCCCCAGAGACCUCCCCGAGUCUAAGGCACAGGCCCAACAUGUGUAGCACCAGUGCGUGUGACCUGGAAGAGAUCCCCCUAGAAGAUGAUGACCUAAACACCAUAGAAUUCGAAAUCCUCGCCUACUACGCCAGACACCAUGUCUUCAAGAGCACCCCUGCUCUCUCCUCGCCAAAGCUGCUGCGAACAAGAAGUUUGUCCCAGAGGACCCUGGGGAGUUGGUCAGCAAAUGAGUCAGGGACACAGGUGUCAUGGCCUUGCAGAAAUUCCCAAUCCAGUGAGAAGCCCAUAAACCUUGCCAAGAAGAAGUCUUCUUGGAAAGCACUCUUUGGAGUAGCCGAGAAGGCAGAUUUGCAGAUCCCACCUGCCAAAGUCUCUGCUCAAGGUCGAACAACAUUGGAAAGCCAAGGUUCGCACAGCCAGCAAUGGUCCAGGUCUGCUUAUCAUGAGGGACUGUGCUUGGAGCAUGAAGCUGUGGACCCCAAAGUCAUUUCCAUUGCCAACCGAGUAGCUGAAAUUGUUUAUUCGUGGCCACCUCCAGAAGUGACCCAGGCAAGAGGCUUCAAGUCCAAAGACACUUUUGUGGUUGGUCUCAUCGCUGAGCGUCAAGGCCUUUCAAGUUCUAAGAAAGCUGAACAAGAACAAAUAAUAGCCAGAAUUGUUGAGCUACUGAAAUAUUCCGGAGAUGAGAUGGAAAUAAAGCUUAAGAAAGACAAGGCUUUGAUGGGCCUCUUCCAGGAUGGGCUGCCCUACUCUGUUUUUAAGACCAUCACAGACCGGGUCCUAAUGGGUGUGGACACCAGGGGAGAAUCAGAGGUCAAAGCUCAUAGCUUUAAGGCUGCCCUUGCAAUAGACGCCAUGGCCAAGCUCACAGCUAUUGACAACCAUCCGAUGAACAGGGUGCUGGGCUUUGGCAGUAAGUACCUGAAAGAGAACUUCUCUCCAUGGAUCCAGCAGCACGGGGGAUGGGAAAAAAUACUUGGAAUAUCACAUGAAGAAGUAGACUGAAAUAUCAGAUUUGUCAUCAGGAAUACUCAUCAUCCUACUGUGGUCCUGUGCACAUCGGCCUCAGAUGGACUAGAGGAGAAGAUUACAAUAUACAAGGCAGAUGGAGCAUUGACGUUUUCAAGACCAUUAUUCCUGUGACCGGAGAGGCCUCAAGAGAACCCUUGUUCAUCUCCAGCUCAUAGAAUGUAGCAGCAUGGUCCGUGACAUUGAUGUUUCUCAGGCCCUACGUUUAGUGACUGAGGAAAUCUAUAAAGACAAGUGGUAAUGUUGUUUUAAAUGUUCAGAACAGACACCGUCAUCCUGCCUUGUUAGCUGCUGCAGGGAAAGUGGGUUACAGACGUCUGCUGACCUCACAAGAGUGAAAUGAUAAACUGCAUGCGCUUAUGGCUCAGUUUCUAGUCUAUUUUUCAGCUGUACUUGGGGUGGCCUCAUACCUCGGAAGACGUUGCUACUCAUGUUAGUGAACACAGCUUAAAGACACUCUCAUGCUCACUGUUACAUCCAUUUGUUUGGAGAGAUAAAUGCUGUCUAUGCCUUUCUGAAAAACUUCCAUUUGGUACAAAAUUGUCACUCCAAUUCCCCUCACCCCUUUUCUCAGGGACCACACCUCUUCUUCCCAAGGUCCCUGGGAGUUCAUCAUUCUUUGCGGUAGUGCGAUGAUUGGUAGCAGGUGAAAUAAAUACAUAGAAAGACUACGGUCAAAA